AUGGCGGGCUACAGAUCGGUCCGCAGGUCCUCGACCUCGUCGGCGGGAUCGGACUACUACGACGACAACGAUGCACACACGGCCGCAGGAUCAGGAGUGGCAGCUGUCAGCGCGGCAGCAGGCUCGAGAAACAACAACCGCACGACCGAGUCCUCGUCGCAGCCGUCUAUAUCCGCCACCGCGACCCCGAGUCCGUUGAACUUUUUGUCUCUGGCCGAGCCGACUUUUACGCCUCUGUCUAUGGACAGCGACCUGUUUCCCGACGAUCACGAAAAGAGCGAGAGGAGGAAUUGGAAGAGCGACGACAGCCCGAGUCCCGAUAAGCAGGCCGAACGAGAGAGAGCGACUGCGACUGCGAGUACUACAUCACCAUCAUCACCGCCCGCUGCUGGAAAGGGGGCGUCUGCCGGGGUGUCUUCGUCGUCGCCGCCCAACACGAGGUCUGAUUCAGGUUUAAUUUUGAACGACGGCGCGACGGAAGCCAUGCGAGUACCACAUGUGUCUGCAUCAGCUGCACCAGCAUCAUCAUCGUCACCGUCAGGGGCGGUGGUGUCGUCGGCGGUGCAGGAGAAGGAACAAAAUGUCUCGGGUGCAGGCCAUGUGGAUGUAACGACACAAAAAAAUACGGAUUAUCCUCAGCCCAGCCAAGAUAACAGGAAUGCAACCGCAGACCGGGAGGGAGAAGUAGCACCAGGAAAGGGAGAAGAAGACGAGGAAGAAGACCAAGAAGACGAGGACGCAAUCUCGCGUAUGAACCCGCGGCAGCGCUAUGCCGGCUCGACACCGCUGUCUCUCGAUCCGCUGCAGGUGGCCAGGGGCAGCAGUGCCGCUACAGACACUACAGCCGCUACAACCAACACCACCAGCGCCAGCGCGUCCCCCAAAUCCCCGGCCCAGUCCCAAUCAGGCCCAUCUCGAUACCACCGCGCUUCCACUUCUGCGUCCGCUUCUCCUCCUCUUCAGGUUCAGCCCAUCGCACCCCUGGCUCUGCGGACGAAAAAUAUCGCCCAAAAUAAUAACCAAGUCUUCGCCGCCCAGAAUACGAGUUCCGCCAUUACGAGCCCCCUCUCGGCUGCAUCCCACACCUCGCCGUCCACCGUACUGUCUGCCCCGGCUGCAUUCACCCGCCAACAAUCCACCUCGUCCCUGCGAUCGAACAGCAGCCUCAUCUCCCAGAUCCAGGACACUUUGCAGCAACAGCAGCAGCAGCAACAAUCGAGAAGUCGGUACCGUCAUCGCCACUCUUCGUCGGGCUCCAGCAUCGUCCAGCCCGUCCCGAAACCAAUCGUCCGCACGGCGUCCAACUCCAAUACAGACAUCCUCAAACACCCCGUCCCCGAUCUCAACUGUCGCUCAGGCGCCUACGUCGGCAACGUCGCCGCCCUCGAAAAGACGGCCGAGCGCCUGUCCAUGACCAGCUCCAUCGAGGACGCCAUCCGCGACCUGCAUGGGGAACUGAAACGCUCCGACUCCCGCCGCUCCUCCAUCCUCGCCGCGAGCGUCGCCGCCGCAUCCCAAUCCCAGUCCCAGUCCCCGAUCGACGAGUCCUCGGCCCAGCCCGGCCCCCUCCGCGUCAUCCCUCCCGUCGCCGCCUCCAUCGUCGAACUCAACAACGCCGCCCGCCUCGGCGGCUACUCCCCCAGCGGCUACGUCAUGUCGCCCAACCACUCCCUGACCGGCCGCCUGCGUUCCGGGUCCAAGAACUCGGCGAGCGGGAGGCCCGAGAUCGAUGUCGAUGCCAUCCUGUCGCGUCACGGCUCCGGCAAGGGAUCUACGAGGAGCGCGAGGUCUGGCAAGCCUUCGCUGGCUGAGAUUGCCGAGUCAGAGCCUGUUGCUUUGACGCAGCGGGCGCUCGACGACGCUGAUCGGGCACCGCUUGCCGACGACGAUGCUACGAUCCGGCGACCCAAUACCCAUUACGAAGAGAACGGCGGCAGUACCUCAUACAACGUUGGUGGCCAUCUGGGCCAGGAUGAAUCUGGGCUUGGAUUGGAUUUUGGCGGUGGUGACAGGCGAGAUUCCGAGGACAGGCCAGCAACGCCAAGAUCAACAGCCACCUUCGACCACAAGAACGCUUUCGACGACUUCGAUGGUGUGCACUGCCAACCAGACCAGUACUCUGAACGCGGUGGCUAUGGCUACGACUCUCGUGAGCAAAGCGACGGCGAAUUCCACGAUAUGCCGCCGCCCGUGCCCCAUACCAUGCCGAUGCCCGAAAUCCCAGAGCCACCAUUCGAGCCGGAGCCUCGACCCAUGCCUCGCGCGCCGAGGGCCACCCAAGUCAGGCCGCAGUCGUACUUUGACGAGCUUACAGGCCAGGAGAUGCUCUACUACCCUGCCCGCGUGCCGGCAAUGCUCAACCUGCCGCCCAAGCUGUCUAGGAAGCCCAAGGCUGAUGUGCGGAAUGCGAGACACUCCAAGGUCCUGCAGGCCAUGGGCCACCCUGGUUUCGGCAAGGCCGAGUACCUCCCGCAAGACCCCGAAGCAGCGCCCGUGAGAGAGUCCAAGAUGUGGCUACCCGAUCCGCUUGCUGGUCACGGUAUGUCGACGUUUGGCGAUGAUAUCGACGGGCAGCGAUCUGGAGGCACAUCCAUCAGAGAGCCCACCGCGGCUGUCGAGUCUGAGACGCCUGCCGGGCAAAAGGAUGGCCUCCUCGCACGCGACGAGGAUGAGAUGCCGCAAGCGCCUCCGCCUACCCAGCAGCGCCGCAAAUCCAAGAUGCCCAAGGCUGCCGAUCUCCCUCCCCAGCUGCGUGCGAGCGCCUUUUUUGAUCUGCCGUCCACGACGCCUCAGAUUGAAAUGAAGGACGGUUCGGCCAUGGCGACGCUGGAGAGCAUCCUGGAUGCAUCCGCAAACGCCCCCGUCAGCGCGUUCACCGACCACGCCUUCGCUGGCAAGCUCGGCUCCGAGGUGUACGGUGCGGACAGCAAGAAGAAGCGCAAGUCUAUGGCCCCAGGAGCCCUCCUGCCCGAAGAGCACAUUGCCGCGGCGCAGAAGAAGAAGGGCAUUUUGCCUUUCGGUAAGAAGUCGGCCGACACUUCGAGAGCCAACUCGAUGGCCCAGAACGAUGAGAACAAAGCCCUGUCCGACAACGUCGACGGUGAGCCGAGGAAAUCCGGGGAGAAAUCCGACGAUGAAGAGGAGGAGGAAGAAGAGGAUGAGUUCGCUCAUGUUCUCGACGGGCCACCCACUACGCUGCUUGCGGAACUUCAACUGCGCAAGUACCAGCAGAAGAUGCGCACGCAGAUGCCCAACAGUACCAUUCCUGGUGGCAUGCACUCGACGCUUCUCGAACUGGACGCCGUCGCUGAGGCGCAGAAGAGGCACCGCGAGAAGAAGAAGAUUGCCCUCGCCUGGGAGGACGGCGCCAACGACGAGAAAGAGAGCUCCGAUGAUGAAGAGGUGCCUCUGGGUGUCUUGUAUGCCAACCAGGGCGUCGUGGCCGACCGCAACCGUCCUAUUGGUUUGAUGGAGCAACGCGAGAUGGAGGAGAACGAGCCCCUCAGCUCGCGUCGUGCUCGUCUGACGGGACAACCCACGCCUGCAAGGACGUUGAGGCCACAGAAGAGUGCGCUUACACUGAAUGCCGGGUUGAGCCAGCUUCAUCUCAACCGCAUGCCCUCUGCAGAGCACGUUAUGCCUCGAGAAGAAUCCGACGAGGAAGAAACAGGCGAGACGCUGGGUGAGCGCAUGCGCCGACUCAGAGCGAAGGAAGAAGCCGACCACAACAACCUCCCCAAGGCUCGCCCUGUCAGCCAAGCAUUCUCCGUUGAGAUGCUCAACCAGUUUGGAGGUGGCGACGAGAACAAGGACGAAGAUAAGGGCAAGGAGAAGGAGGUUCCGCCUGAGGAGGAAACGCUCGGUCAGCGCAGGAAGAGACUGCAAGCUGAGCGCGAAGCCCGCGAGCGCGAGAUGAUGUUCGGCGGCGGUAUCCAGCCGGCUGAGGUUCCGCCUCUGCGCAAGCAACACAGUCUCGCCGACGUUCUUGCCAGCCACCCGAUCAUCGAGAACCCCGCCGCGAAGGACCACGUCAGGCUCCAAGAAGAGGAACGCAAGGUCAAGGCCCAAGAGGCCAAGAUGGCCGCCGUCCGCGCGCAGAUGCCGACGAGUCUCGAAGGACCUAACACGGUACGCACUGGCGGAUACAAGAACGGGCAAUUCAACGACGGCACGGGUGGCACCGGCGGUAACGGCACCGGAGGACUCAUCGACAACGUGCGGUCCUCGAAUACCGGCCUCGGUGUCAGCAUGGCGCCCGGCUGGAACCGAUCUAGCGUGGCUUUCAGCAGCUACGGCGCGCCGAUGCAGAUGCCGCAACAGCAGCAGCAGCCCGCGUACGGAGGGCUUAUCGGGCAGGCUGGCGUCAAUCAGAUGGCCAACAAGCCGACGAUGGCAUCUGGUUACGGUGGCUACGCUGCUGGCGGCAUGGGCGGAAUGAACGGCAUGAACAAUAUGAACAUGAACCCAUACGGUGGUGGCAUGCCGAUGCAGAUGCAGCCGAUGGGGAUGAACAUGGGCAUGCAGCAACAGAUGACGCCCAUGCAGAUGCAACAGAUGCAGAUGCAGAUGCAGCCGGGGCAGAUGCAGUCCAUCGAGCGCUGGCGGCAGAGCAUCCAUCACUAG